AUGUCUGUUUCACAGACCUCUGCUGGGAGGUUCGUCCCGCAGUUUGCCAGGUCCAGGAAGACAGCACCAAGACAAGUGGAGUCAGAGGAGGAGCUCCAGACCCAGGCCGUUUGCUCAGAAGCCCAGCCGGAGCCGACCCAGGCCGAGGGCAUCUGCCCACAGCACAGCGGCCAGAGCCCUGGCAAGGAGGACCCUCCACCAGCAGUUCCCCCUGGCACCCCUCCUGAAUGGGGGUCUAUACCCUGUGCUUCAGAGAGUCAAGUCUCGGCAUCUGGGAGCUGCCCUCCAGAUGGCGCUGCUGCAGAGAGUGGGCCUGGCCUGGAAGGUCACCUGCCCAGCAGCGACGCUGGUCACUGCCCAGACCCAGGGGUGACCCAUGGGGGAGGCGACACUGAACUGCCUGACCAAGGCACAUACCCAGAGCCCCAGUCUACAGCCGUUGAUCCGCCCGAGAACUCCCCUGGUGGGCCUGGCAGGGGAGCAUGUCAGAGCAGUCAGGGUGCCCUAUGUGCCCCCUCUGGGUCCCUUGUCAUCACAGAUGAGAGCACAGACCUCGAGGAGCCAGAGCAGAGGGCCGUAGAGGGGGCUGGGAAGAACAGACAGCCGGAUUCAGGGGCCCCAGGGGACGAUCACAGAGGGGUCCUACCCCUUCUGGAGUGUUGUGCACCUCUUCCUGGAGAGACGGUGGCUAGAAGAGGGGAGCCAAGAGGAGAAGACGAGAUUCCCUAUAUUAUCCCGGGGCGGGAAGCAGCUUCCCAUGUCCUGGCUCCCACCAUCCAAGACCCCACUGUGGCUGCAGAACUUUCUAGCCACCUGGCCCCAGAGGCACACCCCAGGGGUGCUCACACACAGAUGCCAGAGGCGCUGGGGGAUGGGGUACCCCCAAAUUUGCUUUCCCAGCCCCCAGGAGAGCUUUGUUGCUCCAGCCAGAGCUCAGUGUGUCAGCUCAACCCCCCAGCACCUCAGGAUGUGGAGGGUGUGCCUUCCUGCAGCCCUGCAGGCCAGCCUGAGCAGCCCGCUGACCCAGCAGAGGAGGCUGACUGGGGCGGUUCUUCCGCCCUAGAGCUUGACUUCCUGCUGGACAGCCAGAUCCAGGAUUCCCUGGUCGCCCCUGACCCGACACCCCCUGAUCAGGUAAGAAGGUUGCCAUAUGGUCCCAGGAGUGGCCAGGAGUUCACUUCACUCUCUCUGCAGCUCUCCCUGUGGAGUGGGCUGAGCCCAGGCCAGCAGGCAGAGGAAGGCCACCACGUUCCAGCCCUUCCAAGGUCCCAGGUGGCGGCUCCAGCCCACCAAGCCGCCAGUGUGGAGGAUGCCACAGACAUGGUGCGGGGCCUGGUGCUCGAGCUCUCUAACCUCAACCGGCUGGUCAUGAGCACCCACCGCGACCUGGAGGCCUGCAGGCGGCUCCGCCAACGCAAGGGGAAGCCUGUGACCCCCGGGACCCGCCCUCCUCGGGGGCCUUCCUGGCGGGAAGACCUAUAG